AUGCUCGUAAAACUGUCAACUUUGGCUGCCGCCAUCCUGCUCUUGGUAUCGGCUACCAAGGCCAACGAUGCCGGCCUCCAGAACAGCAGCCUCAAGAGGCCCCCUACCAACAAUUUUAAUUGCAUCAGGCCGGGCCCUCAGGUUCAAGAUCCCUCGCGCGGGGCUUGCUGCCUGAACAUCGUGCGCCGUCAGGGAAAAGAAUGCAAGCCGCUCAACCUUUCUGUGUACCCUCUGCCGAACUCUCAGCGACCACGAAAGGACAGAACACCUAUUCAGCGUGCCCGAUCGACCGAGUGGCGGGAUGCUGUGACGCGGUGA